AACAGAUACAUCUCCACCGGGCACAGUACGGGCUCACAUAUGGAGUCCUCAAGCCUCUGGGAUGCAUGCACUUGGAAGCGUCUGCGAAUCCGUAGAAGAGCCAACGCAUCCUCUUCCUGCUUCCACUGCGUCGCCACCCUCCUCCUUCUCCUGCUUUUGCUUAUUUCGGAUGGAAUAGAAGCCUUUGUCCUCCCCGUCUCCGCGCUGAAAAGACCGUCUAGUCGAGCAAUGGUACACCUUUCCCCUACGGACGCCGACACGGCUCCUCGCUGUCGAUUUUUGCUUCAUCAGCUUGCCACCGUAGCAGGCGGCAUAUUUCUCGGGGGUGUUACUGGGAAUGUAGGCGGGCAUACAGAGGCACAAGCCUCGGAUCAGGUGAUCACUCAAAGCUACAUUGAACAAGUGCGCGACGCGAUCCCAGUGAAGACGAUUCGCGGCGUUUGGCGCAUCCGCGAGUACCGGGACAGGGACCAGCCCCUUUGCAAAGGCAGGAUCAAGAUGCGAGGCUUCGUGGAGGAGCCCAACAAAGGCACCUUGGAGUACACGGGCUGCAACGACGGGAAGGGGAAAGGUAACUGGCUGCUCAAGCCUGCCCGCAUUGCCAACGGGCAAAUUCGCUUCUCGGCCCGAUGGAAAGUCCGCUUCUCCGACGGCGAGUCGCUCAUCUACCGGGGAGACGUCUUGGCUGGCGGGAACUACGCCAAGGCCUCUGCCUCCAUCACGGACGGCGAGAUCCUCAAGCCCUUCACUGGGAUCACUGGGAAUUUGUCGGAAAAGAAAGUGGGCACGUUUGAAGCAGAUUUGAUUCAAGUCAGUGAUGACGAGGAAAAGCUGUAAUGCAGGGCCUUAAAGAACAAAUAACAACUUUUCAAA